AAUGCAACCGCUGCGCUCAAAAGCGAAGUACAAUAACGAGUUGGACAAUCUGCUUCUAGUUUCGAUCACAAGAUUGUACUUAUUUGAGGCUUCUGUUAUUUCUGUUUGUUGUCGAUUGCUUUAGUUAUAAAAUAUUCUCCCAUACGUUGCUCUUCACACUUUCCAAGAACACAGCGUAAACCUCAACGUCACAAUUAUGGACACUGAUUUUAGUAGUGGAAGUGGAGAACUACAGGGACCAGAAACUUCAUAUUUGAUUGAAUGUGUUGGAUCAGUGUUACGGCAGUAUAUAGCUGAAGUCUUAAUUAAACGGCCUGUGGAUCCAAUCGAUUAUUUGGGUCGAUGUUUAAAAAAUUAUAUAAGAAUAAGAGAUAUUGAAAUGAAAGAAUCUAUGGAAAACAAUGAAAUAAUCAAUUUGAGUCAAUUAGAAGAAAAUGAAACUUCAUUAGAAACUAAAAAUGAGGAAAAAACUUCAGAUAUCACAACAGAAUCAAAGAAUAAUGAACAUUAUUCAGAUGACAAAAUGAUUAAUAACGAUAUAGAUAUGAAUAACAUUAAUGAAAUUGAAGCUAAUAAUAAUGAUAUAGAGAUUCAGGAUAGAAAUCAAUUGCAAAGUGAUUCAGAGAAUGAUGUCAAAGAAUCAAUAAAUCAAGGAGAAGUAGAUGAUGAUGAUGAUGCUGAUGACGGUGAACAAAGUACAUUAAAAUUUGAUAAUGAAACUGAUGAUGAAAUCACUUUUGAAUCACAAAUUAAACAAGAUAUUAAUGAAACACCAUUAGAAGAUAUUACUGAUCCUGAUCAUCAUGAUGAUGAGAAUGAUGAUGAUCAAACAGAAGAAGUGACUGAUUCUGAAGUACAAUAAACUGUUACAUUAUGUAUUAUUAUUUCAUUAAUCAUUUAUUUCAUGUAUGAAUAGGUUUGAGUAAGUGAAUGAAUGAGUGAUUGAUUGAUCAAUGAAUUGAGUGUUUUUAUUAUGGACGCAAGUUCGAGUGUAGUAAGAACAUCAUCAUCUUUGAUCAAGUUAAUAUAUUCCAAUUUUUCCCCUA